AUGGAGUGGUGCCCAAGCAGGGUUGGCCUUGGGGCGAUUUUGCCGGGUGCUCCGGCCCCCCAGCUCCGGGCGGGCCACCUUUUCCAGAAGCCUUGCCGGGCCCAGCCGGGGCAGAAGCGGCCGCGCGGCUCCCGCCACCCUCCGGAUGCCCGUCUCGCCCGCCCGUGCCGGCGGCCUUCCUCCAGCAACUCCGGAGAGCAGGGCCGCGUCGGAGCCGCCCCCACUGGGCUCUGCCGGCCGGCGAGAGGGGCCGGCGGGCCGCUGCCCCUGCGCGCGGGCCCCCUCCCCCGCCGCGGGACCGUAACGCCCAUCGUCCCCGCCCUCCGGCGGCGAGGGCGGCGGCGGCGGCGCGCGGCGGGCAGGCAGGGGGCGCUCGGAGCCCGGCGACGCGGCGCCCGCCCGGCCAGCUGGCGCGGACGCGGGCCCGGCGCGCCUCGCCCGGCCGCCUCCUUUGUCCCGCGGGCGCCAGCCAUGGCCGCGGCGGAGGUGCGCAAGUUCACCAAGCGGCUGAGCAAGCCGGGCACGGCGGCCGAGCUGCGGCACAGCGUCUCCGAGGCGGUGCGGAGCUCGCCGGCGCUGGAAAAAACGAAGGUGAGCCAGCCCUUGGACUAUGAGAAUGUGAUCAGCCAACGGAAAGCGCAGAUCUACAGCGACCCCUUCCGGGACCUGCUCCUGUUCCCCAUGGAAGAUGUCUCGCUGUCUGUUGUCAGUCGUCAGAGGAGAACGGUCCGGUCCUCAGUGCCAGAAGAUGCUUUGAAGAAAGCCCAGAGUCUCUUUGUCCAAGAGUGCAUCAAAGCAUACAGCUCAGACUGGCACGUUGUGAACUACAAAUAUGACGAAUAUUCUGGUGAUUUCCGAAUGUUACCGUGCAAAUCCUUCAGGCCAGACAAGAUCCCAAACCACGUCUUUGAAAUUGAGGAAGACUUUGAAAAAGACGAGGAUGCUUCCUCGCUGUGCUCCCAAAAGGGUGGUGUGAUCAGGCAAGGCUGGUUGUACAAGGCCAACGUCAACAGUACAAUCACAGUGACCAUGAAAGUGUUCAAGAGAAGGUACUUCUACUUGACCCAGCUUCCCGACGGUUCUUACAUCCUCAAUUCCUACAAAGACGAGAAGAUUUCCAAGGAAUCCAAAGGUUGCAUCUUCCUGGAUUCUUGCAUAGAUGUUGUGCAGUGCCCCAAGAUGCGGCGUAAUGCCUUUGAGCUCAAGAUGCUGGACAAGUACAGCCACUACCUGGCGGCGGAAAGUGAGUCCGAGAUGGAAGACUGGCUGGCCACCCUGCGGAAGGUCAUCCAGGCCGGCACGGAGAGCUGGGUGCAAGAGAAGAAGGAGGCGGUGGAAUUCGUGCCUGAUGAUGACUCCAGCAGCCACGGAAAGUUGGAGAACAUCUUGGAAAGCCUAGGGAGGAGCUUGCAUCCGGAGCUCAUGAAGUACGGCCGAGAAACAGAUCAGCUCAGCAAACUCAGCCGAAAUGAAGGGAGGCAAAACCUCUUCUCCUUUGAUCCGGAAGUGCAGAGGCUUGAUUUCUCAGGACUCGAGGUGGACGUCCAGCCCUUUGAGGAAAGGGGCAGGCCGCGCUUCCUGCUGAAGUGCCACACCCUGACUUUCAACAUUCUUGCCCACCUGAGUGACAGCUCCAAGGACUCACCUUCAAACGUGGAGCCGUUUUUCCUCAGCCUGGCACUCUUUGAUCUGAAAAGCUGUUGCAAAGUCUCAGCAGAUUUCCACGUGGACUUAAAUUCUGGGCCUGUGCGGGAGAUGCUGCACAACGCUUGUGACCAGGAGCCUGGGAACAGCCCCGGAAACAGCCACUUCCUCCACGGAAUAGCCGAAUCCAGCCUGCGCUACAUAAAGCAGGGGGUCUUCUCCGUGACAAACCCACACCCAGAAAUUUUUCUCGUUGCCCGGGUGGAGAAGGUGCUGCAGGGAAGCAUUACCCACAGCGCGGAGCCGUACGUCAAGAAUUCGGACCCUGCGAAGACUGCGCAGAAGGUCCACAAGCUGGCGAAGCUGGUGUGCAGCCGCCUCGGACGGUACCGGAUGCCCUUUGCUUGGGCCGCCAGGUCUGUCUUCAAAGACUCCCAAGGCACCUUGGACCUCGAUGGGAAAUUUUCUCCCCUCUAUAAGCAGGACAGCAGCAAACUCUCCACGGAGGAUCUCCUGAAGCUCUUGGGGGAGUAUAAGAAACCCGAGAAGACGAAGCUGCAAGUGAUACCUGGCCAAUUAAAUGUUACUCUGGAGUGCGUUCCCCUGGAGUUCUCAAGCUGUGUCUCGGCUGCUUUUAUCCCCAUCAAGCCCUUUGAGGGGCAGGAGCAGGGCGACGGGGUGGCUCUCGAGGUCGAAGAAUUUGUGCCCGAGGUCGCAAAGUACUGCUGCCCGUUCACCACCUACAGAAACCGGCUCUACGUCUACCCUUUGCAUCUGAAGUACGACAGCCAGAAGGCCUUUGCCAAGGCAAGGAACAUCGCCAUCCGGGUGGAAUUCAAGGACUCUGACGAGGGAGACGCCAAGGCCUUGAAGUGCUUCUACAGUAAACUUGGAGGACCUUUGUUCACCUCGCACGCCUACGCUUGUGUCUUGCACCACAACCAGAGCCCCGAGUUUUAUGAUGAGAUCAAAAUCCAGCUUCCGAUCCACCUCCACCAGAAGCACCACUUGCUGUUCACCUUCUACCACAUCAGCUGCGAAAUCAACACAAAGGGGACAGUGAAAAAGCAGGACGCCGUCGAGACCACAGUCGGCUUCGCCUGGCUCCCUUUGCUGAAAGAUGGGCUGAUCACCACCUCCGAGCAGCACCUCCCUGUCUCGGCCCACCUGCCAGCUGGCUACCUGAGCGCCGGAGAUCCCGAGGCACGAAAGCCAAGUAUCGAGAUUAAAUGGGUGGAUGGAGCCAAGGCGCUUUUCAAGCUGAGACUGCACUUAGAGUCCACCAUAUAUACCCAGGACCGUCACCUCCAUAAAUUUUUCCAGUAUUGCCAGGCGAUUCAGAGUGGUGCCAAAGAAGCCCCAGGAGAACUUGUGAAAUAUCUGAAGUGUUUGCACGCCAUGGAGAUCCAGGUCACGAUACAGUUUCUGCCUGUGAUUCUCACGCAACUCUUCAGAGUGCUCACCAGCCACCCACAGGAGGAGGAGGUUGCUGUCAACAGUACGAUGGUUCUUCUCCACAUCGUCUCCAGAUGCCACGAGGAAGGCCUUGACCACUAUUUGCGGACCUUCAUCAAGUAUUGCUUCCAGCCCGAGAAGCCCAGCAGGUCCCAGGCUAAGAUGACACACGAAACCUUGGCAGUAGCCAUUUCGACGAUUCUCAAGCAGUCAGCAGAUUUCUUGGCCAUUAAUAAGAUGCUGAAGUAUUCAUGGUUUUUCUUUGAAAUUCUGGUGAAGUCGAUGGCUCUGUAUCUUCUGGAUGAGAAUAAGAUUAAGCUUCCCAGGCCACAGAGGUUCCCGGAGUCCUACGGCCACGCGCUGCAUUCCUUGCUUCUCUCCAUCAUUCCACACGUGAACAUUCGCUACAGCGAAAUCCCAGAAGAGUCGAGAAAUGCCAACUUCUCCUUGGCCAACUUCUUGAAGCGAUGUUUGACGUUCAUGGACCGAGGGUUCAUCUUCAACUUGAUCAAUGACUACGUUUCUGGAUUCAGUCCCAAAGACCCAAAGCUCUUAGCGGAGUACAAGUUUGAGUUUCUGCAGACAAUCUGCAAUCACGAACACUACGUUCCACUGAACUUGCCGAUGAAUUUUGCCAAACCCAAGUUUCAGCGAACGCAAGAUGUAAACCUGGAAUACAGCUUGACCGAUGAGUACUGCCGCCACCACUUCUUGGUGGGUGUGCUCCUGCGAGAGACGUCUGCCGCCUUGAAAGACAACUCUGACAUCCGAUACUUGGCCAUCAGCAUCUUGAAAAGUCUCCUUAUCAAACACGCCUUCGAUAACAGAUACCAGCAUAAGAACCAGCAGGCCAAAAUAGCCCAACUGUAUUUACCUCUCGCUGGAAUCCUUCUGGAAAAUGUUCAGAGGCUGGCUGGCCCAGACAACUUGUACUCUUGCACAGCCAUGUCCAGCUCUGCCUCCCGCAAUGAGUUCACAUGCAGCUUCGCAUCACCUUCCAACCGGUCAAGCCUUGUUGUCGAUAAAGACUCACCCUAUGGCGCCGCCUUCCAGAACGGUCUUUUUAUGAGAAGGGAAGACUCCAAGGGGUCCCUCGCUUCUGAAGGAACGGCCAGCUCCCCCGAUCAGCCUUCCUCCGGCGAAAACAUGGGAAGGAGUUCCACGCGCAACAGCAUCUCCCAGUUUGGGCGGCUGGACCAGUACGAGAUCCGAAGCCUCCUUGUCUGCUACCUUUACAUCGUUAAGAUGCUCGCCGAAGAUACCUUGCUCUCCUACUGGAACAAAAUAUCCCCCCCGGAGUUGAUGAAUGUCCUGGUUCUUCUAGAGAUGUGUUUAUUCCACUUCCGAUAUGUGGGGAAAAGAAACAUUGCCAGGGUCCAUGACGGGUGGCUGUCCAAACAUCCAGGCGUUGACCGGAAAUCCCAGACGAUGCCUGUCCUCCGCAGCCGAGCAAGCACCAUGCAGGCUCGGCUCCAGCACCUGAGCAGCCUUGACAGCUCUUUCACGCUGAAUCACAGUGCCGGCACGUCAGAGGCAGACAUUGUCCACCAGGCCCUGCUGGAAGGCAACUUGGCGACGGAAGUAACCCUGACCGUGCUGGACACCAUCACCUUCUUCACGCAGUGUUUCAAGAAUCAGCUUUCAAACAGUGAUGGGCAUAACCCGCUGAUGAAAAAGGUGUUCGACAUCCAUCUCGCCUUCCUGAAAAACGGGCAGUCAGAAGCAGCCCUGAAGCACGUCUUUGCCUCUUUGAGGGCCUUCAUCAACAAGUUCCCUGCGGCCUUCUUCAAGGGAAGGGUGAACCUGUGUGCUGCCUUCUGCUACGAGGUCUUGAAGUGCUGCACUUGCAAGCUCAGCUCCACCCGGAGCGAGGCCUCUGCCCUCCUUUACCUCCUCAUGAGGAACAACUUUGAGUUCACCAAGCGGAAAACCUUCUUGAGGACUCACCUCCAGAUCAUUAUUGCGGUGAGCCAGCUGAUAGCUGAUCUGGCACUCAGCGGCAGCUCGCGCUUCCAGGAAUCCCUGUCCAUUAUCAAUAACUUUGCUAACAGCGACCGGCCGGUGAAGGCAACCACUUUCCCUUCUGAAGUCAAAGAUCUGACCAAGAGGAUCCGCACAGUGCUGAUGGCCACUGCGCAGAUGAAAGAGCAUGAGAAGGAUCCCGAAAUGUUGGUUGACCUGCACUUUAGCUUGGCCAAGUCCUACGCCAGCACUCCGGAGCUGCGGAAGACAUGGCUGGACAGCAUGGCCAAGAUCCACCUCAAAAAUGGAGAUUUCUCAGAGGCGGCUAUGUGCUAUGUUCAUGUUGCAGCUUUAGUGGCAGAGUUUCUUCACCGAAAAAAGUUAUUUCCUACGGGAUGCUCAUCUUUCAGAAAAAUUACACCCAAUGUUGAUGAAGAAGGUGCAAUGAAAGAAGAUGCGGGGAUAAUGGACGUUCAUUACACUGAGGAGGUGCUGGUGGAGCUGCUGGAACAGUGCGUCGACGGCUUGUGGAAAGCUGAGCGGUACGAGACCAUCGCCGAAGUCGCCAGGAUGAUCAUCCCCAUCUACGAAAAGCGGCACGAGUUUGAGAAACUGACUCAAGUGUACCGAACGCUCCACGGCGCUUACACUAAAAUCCUGGAAGUGAUGCAGAGCAAAAGGAGGCUCCUUGGCACCUACUUCCGAGUCGCGUUCUACGGACAGGCUCUCUUUGAAGAAGAGGACGGGAAAGAGUACAUCUACAAGGAGCCCAAAUUAACUGGCCUCUCAGAAAUAUCCUUCCGGCUGCUGAAACUUUACGGAGAGAAGUUUGGAGCUGAAAAUGUCAAAAUUAUCCAGGACUCAAAUAAGGUGAACCCCAAGGACUUAGAUGCUAAGUAUGCUCACAUUCAGGUGACCUACCUGAAGCCAUUCUUUGACGAGAAGGAGCUCUCGGAGAGGAAGACAGAUUUUGAAAGGAACCACAACAUCAGCCAGUUUGUCUUUGAGACGCCAUACACCUUGUCUGGGAAGAAACACGGGAGCGUGGAGGAGCAGUGCAAGAGGAGGACCAUCCUCACCACCUGCAACGCUUUCCCGUACGUUAAGAAAAGAAUCCCUGUUAACUGCGAACAGCAGGUCAACUUGAAGCCGAUCGACGUGGCAACUGAUGAAAUCAAAGAAAAGACAUCAGAACUGCAGCAGCUCUGUGCUUCACCCGAGGUGGACAUGAUCCAGCUGCAGUUGAAACUUCAGGGUGCUGUUUCGGUGCAAGUCAACGCCGGACCUCUGGCGUACGCGCGGGCUUUCCUGGAUGACAAGCACUCCAGCAAAUACCCUGCGAAGAAGGUGACCGAACUCAAAGACAUGUUCAGGAAGUUUAUCCAAGCCUGUGGAAUUGCCCUCGAGUUCAAUGAACGGCUAAUAAAAGAGGACCAGGCUGAAUAUCACGAGGAGUUGAAGUCGAACUUCAGGGAGAUGGUGAAAGAGCUCUCUGACAUCCUGCAUGAACAGAUCUACCAAGAAGACACCAGCCACCCGUCCUGGAUGCCAAACACCCUGCACGUCUUCUGUGCCAUCAGCGGGACCUCCGGGGAAGGGUACAGCUCCUUCUGAACCAACGUGGAGCCUCAGAAUGGAACCGGGCACACUCAGCAGAUCUUUCUCAGGAAUAAUCUGGAUGCUGCCUGAAACGGGGGGGCCUCCAAGCUGGAAGGCUCCCGCCCCCUCUUGCUCAAAGGGGGGCCCACAGGGUACUUGUUUGAGCCAGGAAAGUGCCUCCCCGCUUUCUUUUUCUACCCGUCUCCGUUGCAUUGUGCUAAACGUACCUCGAAAGCAUUUUUCAGCCCGUUUCACUGAAUGACAGACUUCAAAAUCAUUCCCUGUAAAGCUGUACAAUGGAAUAUAAUAAAGCGGGAAGCUGUUUUUGUAA